GGGGCUCACGCUGCAUGAUCCGGAAGUGUUUCUCUGUUCGGUGGGGGAGAAAGGAGACCACAGAGAGCUGGGGUGUAGAGGUGGUUUCUUUGCACUGUCUUCAGUAUGCAGCGAUUACUCUUUCCGCCCCUGAAGACCUUGAUGGGGAGCCAGUGUCUCCGACUCCUGGUUCCUAGGGCCGCGCCUAGAACACAGUGUGGUUGCAGCUGUGGGAUCAGGCACCCCUUGAGGCCGGGGCAAUACAGCACCAUCUCUGAAGUAUCUUUGCAGUCUGGAAGGGGUACAGUGUCCCUUCCCGCAAAAGCUGCUGAGCGGGUGGUGGGCCGAUGGCUCCUGGUCUGCAGUGGAACAGUGGCUGGAGCAGUUAUUCUUGGUGGAGUGACUAGGUUGACAGAGUCUGGUCUCUCAAUGGUAGACUGGCAUUUGAUAAAGGAGAUGAAGCCACCUACCAGUCAAGAGGAAUGGAAAACAGAAUUCCAAAAAUAUCAGCAAUUUCCGGAAUUUAAAAUCUUGAAUCAUGAUAUGACACUGGCCGAAUUCAAGUUCAUUUGGUACAUGGAGUACUCACACCGAAUGUGGGGUCGCCUUGUGGGCCUUGCAUACAUCCUGCCUGCUGCCUACUUUUGGAGAAAGGGCUGGCUCAGCCGUGGCAUGAAAGGACGUGUUCUUGCCCUGUGUGGGUUAGUCUGCUUCCAGGGUCUGUUGGGAUGGUAUAUGGUGAAAAGUGGAUUAGAAGAAAAACCAGACUCCCAUGACAUCCCUCGGGUCAGUCAGUACCGCCUCGCUGCCCACCUGGGAUCAGCCCUUGUUCUUUAUUGUGCCAGCAUGUGGACUUCACUCUCACUGCUGCUCCCUCAGCACAAGUUGCCUGAAACUCGUCAGCUCCUGUGGUUGAGACGAUGUGCUCACGGAACAGCAGGCCUUGUGUUCCUUACUGCUCUCUCAGGGGCUUUUGUGGCAGGACUGGAUGCUGGGCUUGUUUACAACUCUUUCCCAAAGAUGGGAGAAUCUUGGAUCCCAGAGGAUCUCUUUACCUUCUCCCCCAUCCUGAGGAAUGUUUUUGAGAAUCCCACCAUGGUGCAGUUUGAUCACCGGAUUCUGAUGCCUUCCUCCCUGCAGGGAAUCACUUCAGUUACAGCUGUGACAGUGCUCUACUUCCUCUCCCGGAGAAUGCCCCUUCCUCGAAGGACCAAGGUGGCCGCAGCGACUCUGCUAGCUUUGGCAUAUACACAGGUGGGCUUAGGCAUUAGCACUCUGCUGAUGUACGUUCCAACUCCUUUGGCUGCCACUCACCAGUCGGGCUCCCUGGCUCUGCUCAGUGUUGCCCUUUGGCUCAUGAGUGAACUCCGAAGAGUCCCAAAAUAAUUCUCAGAGGAUCAGCUUCCUAGGAGUGAAAGUGCUUUUGAGAGCUCAUCAGAGUGCACAAGAACUUGGGAGUCUUCUAAAAGGAUGACCUUGGCAUACCAAGUGGUUUCCAAAUUGGUCAAGUUAUUUAAAAUUCUUUGUCUGUUUUUGACAAAGUCACUGGAUCAGGAGUGUCAUUAAGUACGUUUAACUAAAGAAUCCUUUUUUAAAUAUUUGUACAUUUGGUUCUCUCAUUGAAAAUCAUGUUUAAUGUAGAGAAAGAAAUGUCUGCAUUUGUUGCUUCUUAAUAAACUGUCUCAGA